CAUCUUGGUUAACUGCAACUGUACCUUCCCGUCAUAGUCACCGCCUUCAAUCGGAUGCGAAUUGCCGGCCGGGAUAUAUAUAAAACUGGACCUCCGCUCUCCACCCCACCAUAAAUCUGGUGACUCUUUCUCAACUUGCAAGGCCGUUCCUUCAGCCGACCGCCACUUAAUCUUCCCUUCACGAUCAUAUUUCUAGGUCUCGGUUUCCUGCUCGUGGGCCAUCUUCAACAUUUCGACACGCACCUUUUCUUCCUUCCAACACCCACUCUUCGCGAGCGUUCAGUUUGAGCGCACUACCGCGUUGCCUUGGCCGAUUCCCCGAAAGAGAAAGCGCCAUGGCUGAACCCGACUUGAAACAACAAGUCACGGACUCGCGCAGGUCCAUGUCGACGACCACUGCGACAGAAACUCCUGACGCUGACCAAGGAUCUCGCCAUGACCCGGGAUAUGACGCCCACGAGAAAAAGCAAGAGCAAGCGGGACAGGCUUCACAGCAAGCCGCUGCAAUUCCCGCCGAACCCGUGCCCCUCCUGACCGGCGAACCGCAAAGCGAAGCGCCCAUCGUCGAGCAGCCUCCCAAGUACUCGAUUCACUCAACUUGGGCCAAGCGCCUCAUCAUCUUCGGCGCUUCCAUUUCGGCCUUCUUCUCGCCCCUCACGGCCCAGAUCUACCUCCCAGCUCUGCCUACCCUGGCUGACGACUUCAACGUCACCGCAACCAAGGCGAACCUGACGGUAACUACAUACAUGAUCUUCCAAGGCAUCACACCCAUGUUCCUCGGCGGAUUGGCCGAUUCAGCAGGCCGUCGACCUGCCUACGUAAUCUGCUUCAUUAUUUACAUUGCGGCCGACAUCGGUCUGGCGCUGAGCAAGAAUUUCACGAGUAUCUUGAUCCUUCGAAUGCUGCAGAGUGCAGGAUCGAGCACCACCAUUGCUCUUUGUCAGGCCACUGUAGCCGACAUCACCACCAGCGCUGAGCGUGGCACCUACAUUGGCAUCACUUCGCUUCCCCAGGUCUUAGCUCCCAGUCUCGGACCAGUGCUAGGCGGUCUGUUAACCAACUACCUCGGCUGGCGCUGGAUCUUCUGGCUACUAACCAUCAUGGCGAGCGUCAACCUCUUGGUGCUGAUCAUGUUCUACCCCGAAACGUGCCGCAAGAUCGUAGGCGACGGCAGCGGUCGCAAGGAUUCGCACUGGGUAUACUGGACAGGCUGGCAGCUCAUCCGCGACAAGCUAGCCCGUCGCCAACGCCGCAUGGAGCGGGAGCGUCGUCAAGUUGAGAUCUCCAAGGAAGAUCCCUCCAACCACAACAACGGCCUCCAUCAUACCAUGUCGACUGCCUCUGCUCCGCGUCAGAAGAUCAAACUCCAACUCACCCCGCCAAACCUCAUCGAGUCUCUCACACUUCUCUUCCGCUCCAAAGAGCUGGCUAUCCUCCUCUGCUACUCCGCCAUCGUCUUCUCCGGCUUCUACGCCAUCGGCACCGCCAUGCCUAACCAGCUUCAUACUCUCUACGGGCUUAACGACGUGCAGAUAGGUCUCAUGUACCUCCCUUUGGCGGGCGGUUCCAUCGUCACAGCCUUUGCUAUUGGCAAGGUGAUCACUUGGAACUACCAUCGCCAUGCCAGGCGGCUGGGUAUGGUAGUAGACAGAACCCGGCAAACGGAUCUGACCGCCUUCCCCAUCGAGAGAGCAAGACUAGAGGUGGGACUACCGCUGCUGGCGCUGUCCAGUGCUGUGAUAAUAGCUUGGGGCUGGGCGAUGCAGAGCAAGACGAGUCUGGCGGCGCCUUGUGUCUUGCUGUUCCUCUUUGGAAUAGGCAUGAUCGGUUUCAACAACAGUCUCAGCACGCUGAUUGCGGAUAUCUACCCGGGCAAGGCGGGAGCGGCGACGGCGGCGAAUAACUUGACGAGGUGCUUGCUCGGAGCGGCGAGCAGUGCGGUGAUUCUGCCGAUGAUUAACGGGAUUGGGAGUGGAUGGUCAUAUACGAUCUUCGGGUUGUUGUAUAUCGGGUUCGCGCCGUUUUUGGUGCUUGUUAUGAGGAGGGGGAUGAGAUGGAGGGCGGAGGAGAAGUGGAAGGAGGAAGCCAAGGAGGAGAAGAGAAGGCAGGAACAGAGAGAGCGUGAGCUUGUAAUGAGCGAAGCGGAAGGGCAGUCAUAAGUCUCUUCGCCAUGACAUCGAAGAGGAGUGGGGGAAGGAGAAUGUGUUGAUGAUACCCAUUGCUUUCAUUGCUUUUA